UAUACCUUUUAUUAUUCUUUUCAAUUUUUUUCGUUUAUUAUACCUCACCUCUUGUACAGGAUGUAAUGCCUAUACCUCUUGGUACUAAUCCCCUCACCAAACGAUUGAUUUUAAUCGUAGCGGACGGUCUUAGGACGAGCAAUAUAUUGGACCAUGAAAUGAGAAAUACUCCCUUUAUAAAGCAUAUUUUGCAAAACGAGGGAGCUUAUGCUAUUUCCUUCACACGAGUUCCAACUGAGACAAGGACCUGUCAUGUUGUCUUAUUGGCAGGGUUCUACGAAGACGUCGCAUCGAUAACCAAG